AUGGCGCCCGUCCAAAUCAGCGAAGUAAAAGGCAACUCUCGCGAAAACCGCACCGCCGCGCAUUCCCACAUAAAGGGCCUCGGGCUACGGCCCGACGGCUACGCCGAGAAGACCAGCAACGGGUUCGUGGGGCAGACAGCCGCUCGGGAGGCAUGCGGCGUGGUGGUCGACCUGAUCCGCGCGAAGAAGAUGUCAGGGCGGGCAGUGUUAUUAGCGGGGGGCCCAGGAACAGGCAAGACGGCACUAGCACUGGCCGUAUCGCAGGAGCUGGGGACCAAGGUGCCAUUCUGUCCGAUCGUGGGAAGUGAGGUGUACUCGACGGAGGUGAAGAAGACGGAGGCGCUUAUGGAGAAUUUUCGGCGGGCGAUAGGCCUCCGCGUGCGCGAAACAAAAGAAGUCUACGAAGGCGAAGUAACAGAGCUCACCCCCGAAGAAGCCGAGAACCCGCUCGGCAGCUACGGCCGCACCAUCUCGCACCUCCUCAUAACCCUCAAAUCCGCACGCGGCACCAAAAAACUGCGGCUCGACCCCUCAAUCUACGAAGCCAUCCAAAAAGAACAAGUCCGCCUCGGCGACGUCAUCUACAUCGAGGCCAACACCGGCGCCGUGAAGCGUGUAGGCCGCAGCGACGCGUACGCGACAGAGUUCGAUCUCGAGGCCGAGGAGUACGUGCCGAUUCCCAAGGGCGACGUGCAUAAGAAGAAGGAGGUAGUGCAGGAUGUCACGCUGCACGAUCUGGAUGUCGCGAAUGCGAGGCCCCAAGGCGGGCAGGAUAUCAUGAGCAUGAUGGGCCAGCUCAUGAAGCCGAAGAAGACGGAGAUUACGGAGAAGCUGCGCGCGGAGAUCAACAAGGUCGUGCAGAAGUACAUCGAUCAGAAUGUCGCGGAGCUCAUUCCUGGUGUGCUGUUUAUUGACGAGGUCCACAUGCUCGACCUCGAAUGCUUCACCUACCUCAACCGCGCCCUCGAAUCCAGCAUCUCCCCCAUCGUCAUCCUAGCUUCAAACCGCGGGCUGUGCCCCAUUCGAGGCGCAGACAACAGCCUGCCUCCUUCAGCCCACGGCAUCCCACCCGACCUGCUCGCUCGUCUCCUCAUCGUACCCACACACCCCUACGCGCCUGACGAAGUCCGCUCCAUCAUAAGCACGCGUGCCAAGACCGAGGGUCUGAGUGUUGAAGAAAGGGCGCUGGAGAAGGUGUCAGAGUUGGGCGUGCGAGUGAGUCUGCGGUACGCGCUGCAGUUGCUCACGCCAGCGAGCGUGCUCGCGAGCGUCGGGGGGAGGAAGGAGGUGCAAGUGGCGGAUGUGGAGGAGUGUGAAGGGCUUUUCUUAGAUGCUAGACGAAGCGCAGGCGUGCUCAGUGAGGACAGUGGAUUCAUAUCAUAG